AAAUGGAGUUUGGCAUUGGUUGAGGAAUCUGGUGAACUUUGGUGAUAUAGUCUUUACAGUUUUCAACAACAGAAGUUGUUUAUAUCAGUUUUAUUUUAAUUUGGCGAUCUGAGAUACGUAUGGCUAGUUCUUCCCCUGCUGAAUCCACUCCUCAUAGCGUGAAUGAUGGAAGUACCCAUAAAGACAUUCAGGACAGGAUAGAGGAAGGAUCCUAUUGGUACUUCUUUAGAAAGGAAAUUGAAGAAAAUUCUCCAUCUAGACGAGAUGGCAUUGACUUGAAGAAAGAGACUUAUUUACGCAAGUCAUACUGUUCUUUUCUACAAGAUUUGGGUAUUAGACUUAAAGUACCCCAGUUGACGAUUGCAACAUCCAUAAUUUUCUGUCAUCGAUUCUUUCUUCGUCAAUCACACGCAAAGAAUGAUAGAAGGACAAUCGCGACAGUGUGUAUGUUUCUUGCUGGGAAGGUUGAAGAAACUCCACGGCCGCUAAAAGAUGUUAUCCUUGUGUCUUAUGAAAUUAUGCACAAGAAAGAUCCUAAAGCAGUACAAAGGAUCAAGCAAAAGGAGGUAUAUGAACAGCAGAAGGAAUUAAUUUUACUUGGUGAGAGGGUUGUUCUUGGGACGCUUGGCUUUGAUCUUAAUGUACUCCAUCCAUAUAAACCCCUCGUUGAAGCGAUAAAGAGAUUCAAAGUAGCUCAAAAUGCCCUUGCUCAAGUUGCAUGGAAUUUUGUUAAUGAUGGACUUCGGACAUCUCUAUGUUUGCAAUUUAAACCCCAGCACAUUGCAGCUGGUGCCAUUUUUCUUGCUGCCAAGUUCUUAAGAGUAAAGCUCCCGUCAGAUGGCGAGACAAUCUGGUGGCAAGAGUUUGACAUCACCCCACGCCAAUUGGAGGAAGUUAGCAAUCAAAUGUUGGAACUGUAUGAACAAAAUCGAGUUCCAGCUUCCAAUCAAGUGGCAGGAAGUGGAGGCGCUCAUCGGACUCCAGCCAAAGGUACAGCUAGCAAUGAAGAACAUGCUACAAGCAACAGUCAUUUACUGGCUGGAGGUGCGAGGCCUGAAACCUUGAAACCUGCAUCAGCUACACCAGAUGUUGGAAAUGAUGACGGAUCUCCUAGAACUAACCAAUGUGAAAAUAGCUACAGAAGUACAGAAAUAAAAAACGUUCUGGACCAGAAUGUUGAUGUAGAAUUCAAAGAUAAUCAACACGCUGCACCUUUGCUGUCUGAUCAGGAGAAGAUUGGAGAUGCUCAAAACGUAUUAGAAUUUCAGUCAGAGGGAUGUGGUGAAGAAGGUCUAGAAGAUAACGGGAAACUUGAUACAAUAGAAGCCGAGAAAUUGAAGGACAAACAAUUAGGUCAAAGCCUGGAAAAUGGGCAAGGUUCACUUGGCCAGUCACCCCAGGAUGUUAUAAAGAAGAUUGACAGAAACAAGGUGAAGGCAGCACUGGAAAAACGAUGGAAGAGCCAAGGGGAUAUGAGUCUAAAAAAGGAUUUGAUGGAUGAGGAUGAUCUUAUUGAGAGAGAACUGGAAGAUGGUAUUGAACUGGCUUCUGGGAGUGAGAAAGUAAAGGGAGACAGGAGUCAAAGCAUGCCGAAGCCCUCAAGUACACCAGAAAGUGAGUACCUGCAUCCAGGAAAACAUCAUGAGGGUGUCUGUGAUGAUGGAACGGAUCUAAAUAAUGCCGAAGGUGAGGGUUCUGCACUUGCUGAUGGUGGCCAAGGAUCACCCAUUUUCAGUGACCACAAGAGAAAAGCAGUAAGCCCUCCUCCACUCAAUGAUGCAGAGAAGAAGCAGCGGCAUGAUUAUGAACCUGGAACCCUGAACCAUAAUGAGUUUGAUCAUACAGAAGAUCACAUCAUGGCAGGCCUGGUUGGACACAGUGAUAUGGAUCACAUAAGGCCAGUACAGGAAAAUCCUGUCUGAGGUGGUGUGUACUGCUUGCAGUUGCUGGAGAUGUCUUGAUAUAAUCACUUGCGAAUUCUCUUCUUGUCCGAGUGCUUAUUGUGAUUUCUUCAGUGGCCGUCCUUGGUAUGCUCUAAUCUUUCGUCUAUUUCUUCCCCAUUGUCAUCAUUUGCGGACAUAUACAUUGUGAUGAAUGUGAGGUUUAUCAUCUCAUCUCAUUUCAACAAUGUUUUGGACACUUUGUUGAUGGUGAUGAUAAAUUGAUAAUCAAUUAGUGGAAAUGGAAAGUAGGGAAGAAACUUUUGGCGUUGUUGAA